GGCUUUACUUCCACAGUGCUGUACAUUGCUGCAGGAAAGCCGCCUCUUUCCCCUUGCUUCUGAGACCUCCUUUUGGACCUAAACAUUGUGACGGGAAUAAGCACCCAUCUGCACGGGGAUGUUGGACUCAGUCACUCACAGCACCUUUCUGCCAAACACAAUGAUCUGCGAGCCCCUGAUGUCUUGGACAGAAUUGUUUGGGACAACUGAGGACUAUUAUCCCACCUUUGAUCAUCAGACAGUUGGCGAUUCUUGCUGGACAUCUAUUCACCCGGAAUACUGGAGUAAACACAAUGUCUGUGAGUGGCUGCAGUUUUGCUGUGACCAAUACAAGCUAGACGCCAACUGCAUCUCCUUUUCCCACUUUAAUAUUAAUGGCUUGCAGCUAUGUAGCAUGACCCAGGAGGAGUUCACAGAUGCUGCCGGCGUUUGUGGCGAAUACCUUUAUUUCAUCUUACAGAACAUCAAGAUACAUGGCAUUUCCUUUUUUACUGACACUGAAGAAACCAAGCCAACUAUCAAAGAUUACAAUGAUAAGGCAUGCCUGAGAAGAGGGGGCUCAAAGAGUCAAGAAUGUCACAACCACGGGAGAACAAGCCUGCAGAGUUCUCACUUGUGGGAAUUUGUAAGAGAUCUCCUCCUGUCUCCAGAAGAAAACUGUGGCAUUCUCGAUUGGGAGGAUAGAGAACAAGGCAUCUUUCGGGUUGUUAAGUCAGAAGCCCUGGCAAAGAUGUGGGGACAAAGAAAGCGAAAUGACAGAAUGACAUAUGAAAAGCUGAGCAGAGCUCUCCGGUAUUAUUAUAAAACUGGAAUUUUGGAACGCAUAGACAGAAGGCUAGUGUACAAGUUUGGAAAGAACGCCCAUGGGUGGCAGGAGAACAAGCUAUGAACUAACUGUCCCAUGCCUCAGACUGAUGAAGCACUCUGCAACAAGAAGUGUCUGACUGCAAUAGACAUUUGAGAGAAGGACUUUUUCUCCUGCUUCUCUCCUAUACGGCAGUCUGGAGUUGACAACUGUUUCUGAGAGACUGGCCAGAGCAACACAUUAUGGCUCUUCCCCACUAUAUACUCUGUGACCAGCAUUAGCUUGUGCUUAGCUCUUAUGAAAAUAACACCUGUGAUGCAGCUCAAGGUUUUGUUAAGAUGAAUUGUCUUUAUCUGUGGCACCUCUUCCUGUGCCAAGAAGGGCUAUCUUUUGUCGUUGCCUAUCAGCUCUCAGUAUGAAAUUCCUGCUGACAUUUAAAAGAAGUUGGUGUGUGUGUGUGUGUGUGUGUGUGUGUGUGUGUGUGUGUGUGUGUGUGUGUGUGUGUGUGUGUGUGUGUGUGUGAGAGAGAGAGAGAGAGAGAGAGAGAGAGAGAUAAGGUUGUUAAAUAUUUUGCAGCACAUACAGUCUUUUUUUCCUUCCUUUGGCUAGAAGGUCAGUAUUUUGGUUCAUCUAGAGACAAUACCAUUGUGGUCAGCGUGUGUUCCAGGGGCCCUAUUCUCAGGUCUGCUACACCCCUUUGUGGUGGAAGAUCUGGCCAGCUGAGAGUCAUCCUCCCCUCACACAAACAUAUAUCCACAGAAUUAAUCUGUCCAAUCAAGCCAGUCAUCCAUAAGAAAAACAGGGUUUUAAGCACUAAUCUGAUUUCCUCACUUAACUACUAAUUUGACUUCUGCAAAUGUAUUUUGCAGGUUUUACUGUACAUACUAUGAACGGUUCACUGCAAGUAUUGAAUAACUAUUUUUAUUUGUGUUAUGUUAGUUAGUUGUGAUUGAUCACAUGAUAUUAAUUCUGUUCCUUGAUUGGGUUGGCAUAACUCUUACUGCAAGCACUUUUGGUGCAACUAUUUAUCUAUGAACUAAAAAUUGACUUUCCACAAACACUCACAUGGGAGUUUGAACUUUUCUUUCUACGAACCUCCAGGAAAGUGAAACUCCAGUGUUUGGGGAAAGCAAGCCUGAAAGGGAGCAAGCAUCAUUAGAACAGAUGCAAAUGAAUAUUUGUUGAAAACUGUAUAAAGAAUUCACCCAAUCUCUACAGAGAAUGGCUGAGAACUUCAAAGCAGUCUACAGCAUAGAGCCACACAUUUCAUUUAAGUUAAUGUGUAGCUAAAUGCCCUUGAUUGCUCAGAUUUCAACCAAUGAGUACAUUUGUUAGAGUAGAAGGUGGUAUCUGAACAAUUCAAUGAUAUUUUUGAAAGCUUCAUAGAUGUACUAUAUUUUAACAAAAAUAUUGCCCUUUCCACCUCAAGGGCUCAGGUAUCGCCUCUUAGUACUACCUCAGAUGGCACUUUGAGGGUAUAAAUGAGGUUCUUUUGUUUUCAAAUGAGUCGCUCUUCUGCGUGUUUCUCUGUGGAACCUGAAUGUAGUAGUGUGUGUUAUCAUUACUUUCCCCUUCACAUGAGUCUAUUUCUUUUAAACUCAAAAUAUAAUUUUACUCUUAACAAUUGUUUCUUUUUGUUCAUAAAGACUUGGGUGGUGGGGCCUAUUAGUCAGGAUUGGCCAGUUAAGUAAGCAGCAAGCUAAAUGCUGCAAUGACACUUAGGCUGGUGCUGUGCUCAGGACCCUGGGAAGUCAAUGGGGAUGCAGAAUGGCUUCAGCUGACUGUAGCAGGCAUUGGAGAUGCACUUCUUAGACUUGACCCCUGCUACAGAACGCAAGAUCAAGGGUCACACGAGAAAUUCCUCUCACUGCGUUUCCCAGCUUCAUCCAGAAAUUGUGUAUCUCUGUGAAUGGAUUCCUGUAGUUGCAGCUAUUCAAAGUAGCUUUUGUUUUUAUUUGGUUAAAUGCUAUGUAGGUUUUGAGUAGGCAGAAGCCCAUCAGAAAGACAGAUAGGUAUCAAAGUGGUAUCAGAAAGUUUGAGUGCUGCCAGUUACUGCUGCUGCCCAUCACUUGGCAAGUGAGAGCAACUCUGCAGAAAUAGAAUAUCAUCAUUGUGUAUCAUGGCCAUGACCAGGGCAUUAAACCUAGAUUCUAAAAAACCCUCAUUUUAGGACCAAAAAUAUCCAGCUGAAGGUUGACCAUUUUUAAAGUCAAUCUAAAUUUUACAAAUAUUUCACAUAAUGAAAAUAUUAUGAUCAGGCUUCCUGGCCAAUGCUAAUACAAGCAGUUUUCUACAUCUUCACAAGUGGCAUAAAUAGCCCAGGCAUUUUCUAGUCGGGCACUGUUAAGUCAUCACUGGCAGAAUCUAUUCAGAAGUACUGUAUGAUCCUCAUUUCCAUGAGACUAGCACCAGCAAAGAAAAAUCAGCAAGAUAAGAAGCACUGAAGUGCAGUAUGGAGUAAGAAACACAGAUGUGAAAUUUUACUGUAAAUGUGUUUUUAAAAUGUGAAUUACUGUAAAAUAUCUAUUUUUGGAUUGUGUAUCUUUUCCAACUAUUAUAGUUUGUAAACAAUGAAUGAAAUAUUUAAUAUGUA